CUCACGUCGGCGUGGAUCUUGUCUGUCGGCCCAGCUCGACUUGACAAAAGGCAAUGCCAAGAGAAGCGUUGACUGCGGAGGAGCUGAGUCAGAGCUCCAAGAGACGGGCGAAGAGCUUCCCUUUCCUGCGGGAUUCAAUCAGGCUCACUAGAUCUGACGCUCCCAGAGGCCUUUGAUCGCAGUAGAUCCAGGCCAGGCUCAUGGCUGACAGCAGCAUUCAGCAAGUGUCGAUAGAAGAUUCUCCUAAUGUGCUGAAAAGGAUACCAUCUGAACGAGCUAAACAGGUUCGACGAUGCAGGUCAACUCCCUUAGAUCCCACCGAUCAAAACCCCGAAGAUCAAAACCCCAAAGAUCAAAACCCCGAACAACCUGCAGAACACAGCUCUGUGCUUCAAGUCAAGGAGUUGCCAAGCUUGAGACUUGUGGGACUCAUCCUUUUUGUCUACCUGCUAGCGGGUGUCAUCACCUUUUACCUUGUCAUGGAUCAGAUAUCCGGGAAGACAACUAAUAGAGUGCUUGAUUCUCUGUACUUCGUCAUUAUCACAAUGACCUCGGUUGGCUAUGGGGAUCUUGUCCCAAACAGUGACACGACAAAGCUGCUUGCUUGUGCUUUCGUCUUGAUAGGCAUGGUGAUGAUUGCUCUCUUCAUCAGCAAAGCGGCGGAUUAUUUUGUUGAGAAACAGAAGGUGUUGUUCUACAAAGCACUGCACAUGAAUAUGAAGGGUGGUGAGGCCAAAAUGCUCAGAGCAAUGCAGACAAGGAGGAUAAAGUACAAAUUCUACAUUGUCGCUCUACUUCUUGCAAUUGUUAUUGUUGCUGGCACUCUAUUUCUGUGGAAGGUUGAGAAGCUGAGCCUUGUUGAUUCCUUCUUCUGCGUCUGUGCCACGAUCACUGCCUUGGGUUAUGGGGCUAAAAGCUUCUCAUCCAAAUUGGGGCGUGUUUUCGCGAUAUUUUGGAUAAUCACGAGCACUAUCAUCCUGGCUCAGUUCUUCCUGUACCUUGCUGAGCUCUACACUGAGCGACGACAGAAAAUGCUGGCGAAAUGGGUGCUCAACAGGAGGAUAACAACCAUGGACCUUGAGGCAGCUGACCUGGAUGGCGACCGACAAGUCGAUGCUGCUGAAUUCGUACUUUACAAGCUAAAAGAGCUAGGCAAGAUCAGCCAAGAGGAGAUAUCUUCUUUCCUCAAGGAGUUUGAGAAGCUCGACGUUGACCAGUCUGGCACACUCUCGACUCAUGAUCUUAUUGUGGCAGAAACCAGUCAAUAACUGGUGUAUGCAUAUGUAUUUGAUUUUGCUGCUUGAAUCAAGCCUGUAACAAACAAAUAUUUGAUGGUGAGCUUGCACACUGCACACCCUGCGGGGUGCCAUGUUUCCAGCAUAUCAUGUUAAAAUGCUGAUGGUCA